AUGGGGCGGCAGGGUCCUCUGACGGCCCUCGCGCUGGGUCGAUCACCGUACGACGAUGUUGUAUACGGCGAGGGAUCCGGCGACUCGCAGCCUUCGACCCAGGAAUACGAUGAGAAAGGCCGACCGGUCAACCAAAGGACGAAACGGCUAAAUCGCGAUAUUGUCCGAUCACACAACGAAGUUAUGCACGUCAUAGGCGUCGCGGAGCCAGAUCCGAACUCGAACGAGAGCGAAGUGCAAUCCGCGCACCGGUAUCUACGCUACGAGAACAUCAUAGGGGACCGAAUGGAGGCUAUUGGGAAAGGGCUAUCCGAUGUCGGUCUUUGGGGAUUUACGGGGAUACGACAGCGGAUUCUUGUGUAUAAACCGUUUUCAUACGAACCGUUCUGGAAGCUUGCAUCUGUCUGCCGACGCGAGAUUCCAAGGCCUCUACCGGAUCUUUUCCUUGCCGGGCUACCGACAGAGCUUGCCUGGAGGAUUGCGGAAUGGCUGCAGAGCAUGUAUCUCGAAGAGAUACCACUUCCAGGCAUAUUCUGGAUGAUCCGGGACACGCUUGGAGGUUACCUGAGAGAGCAUGUAGAGCUUUACAUUUUCCUUCAAAGAGUGGACGUAAUAUCCCCGUUUGCCCUCCCAACACUGGGAUUCUUCAUACCAUUUACAUCCUCAUCACCCUUCCCAGCACCUCCACCUCUCCCAGACUUCAGCCCAGGAUCCAUUGGGAAAUGGUGUUUGACCACUGCUCUAAGGGCGGCACCCAUGUUGCUGUUCGCGAUGUGGCGGAAACACUUUGCUCGGGUAAUGAAGUGGCUGGCGAUUAAGAUUUACCUGAAGCUACCGCACAUCGAUGCCAUAUUAGACCCACGCACGCAUCCGGACAUGUUCCCAGGGCAAAGCACACAGUCGAUGGAAACAUCUUCACCGGUGAACAACAACGUCUUCGGCGCAGAGGAGCCAAGCGCACAACAAAACUCCGUCGAGACAUCAGAAGAAGACGCCUCGUUCCCCACGAGCGGCGUAUCGAGGAGACCGAGCGCGUUCUCAGGAAGAGGCGACGACUACGGAUCAGACGAAGAAGACAAUGGUGCCAUCAGCGGAACGCUGAUCAGCUUCGACGUCGAGGCGACCGAGGCAACCGACGCGCCCCCAGGCAUAUGGUCCGCGGAACUUCGACCGACAAUGGGAAACGACAGCCGAUCGCAGCAGGGGAACCAGGCGGUGUACCUCAAGAACGCACUCACGCAACAGCCCCUCAUCCAUGCGGCCACCAUGCUCGGGCGCGCGGCAACCACCCUGUUCCUGUUCCCUCUAGAGGCCAUCGCCCUCCGGAUGGUGGCGCAAUCGUACAGUCUCCGGCUGGGUCUGCCCAUCGACGGCAUAUGGGAGCCUUUCCUCCUUCGGACGGUUACCUGGAGAUGGGUGGCCAACUACCUCGCUGUCGAUUUUCUCCACUUCAUGGUGCAGAGCGACAUAUGGGCGGCUGUGACGUACUUGGGGAGAUCGUACCAUCUCACUCCCGAGGAAUGGACGUCCAUGACGGCGGAGGAGCAUGCAGAGCUUGUCAGGGAACGGGAAUAA